AUGUCUCAUACGGCACCGAUCCCCCGUGAUAACACCUCCACAUAUGACACCACCAAAAACGUCCAAGCAUCGUCGAAUGGGGUGGCUGCCGCUGCUACGAGGCUAAGGAUCUUCAUUAUGCUUUACUCAAUGUAUGGGCACCUGGAAGGCCUAGCAAGGAGGCUGAAGAAGGGCGUGGAUAGCGUUGAGGGAGUGGAAGUAGUUCUCUACAGGGUGCUGGAGAUGCUCUCGGCAGAGAUUCUGCAACAGACAAGGGUGUCGCCCAAAGACGAUGGAAUACCUGUGAUAAUAGCAGAAGACCUUGCGCUGGCGGACCGGGGGGCACAAAUGAAGGCUUUCUUUGACUCUACUGAUCAGCUAUGA